AUGUUCAAUUUUAGAAAUUUGCCUCUUUUUGACAAGGAUAAUUCAAAAGAUACAGAUGAAAUAAAAACAUUUUUAAACAGUUAUGAAGGCAUAUAUUUUUCAUCAUCGAAUAAAUUUAUAAAUGUAUUUCUAGACAAAAUACUCAUCAUUGAUCCGUCAUCCUUAAAUGUUAUUACAAUAAAUACAGAUCUAUAUGUAGUUGAUUUUGUUUUUAAUGAGAAAAAUAAGAAUCUUAUUGUUUUAGGGAAAGGGAAGAAUUCACUCAUUUGUAGUGUUUACAAUAUUAGGGAAUGCAACUUUACACUUUUGAAGAAAAUUCAGUUAAGCAAAAAUAUUAAUAACAUUAAAAAGACACUAAUAGCAAAAUGUAAUGAAUAUAUAAUAACAUUAGAAAAUAAGAAAAUUACUUUUUAUUUCUUAAAUAAAGAUUAUAGUAUAAAUCAAAGUGAAUUAAUAGAUGAUGGAAAAGAACAUAUUGAAAAUAUCUAUUUGUCAAAAAAUCAUAUCUUGUUAGUAAUAAAAAAUUCAUAUGUAUAUAUAUAUCAACUAGAUAUUAAAAAUUCCCAUAUCAGUUAUACACAUAUUGAUAGUUUCAAUUUAAGUUUAUCCUACCUUCGGGAUUGUACAAAUAAUAAAAAAAAGCAUAUAAAUAAAAUUAAUGAAAUAUCAAAUAAUGACAAAAAAAAGGUUAAUAAUGAAAAUAAUAUUUCAUCUAAUAAUAUAAAUCAUAAUAAUUAUAAUGACAUACCAAAUAAUAAUAAUAAUAUAAAUACGUUGAAUGACAGUGUAAAUUAUAAUAAUUUGCAAAAUAAUGAUGAACCACUCUUAUCCAUAUACAAUGAAGAUCUUAAUAUUUUAUAUAUAUGCCAAAAUAUGUAUAAUGUCUUAUUUGUUUUGAAUUUAAAUAACUUAAGUUUUGAAUUUAUUCUUUUAGAAAAUAAAAUAAUUAAUUUAUUUUCGUGCAAAUUUUAUUUAAUUUUAUUAAAAGAAAUUAAUAAAAAAUAUUUCCUUCAUAUAUAUAUCAUAUAUGAAGAUAUGAAAUUAUUAGUCUCAACUUUAUUAUUGAAUGAACCAAUAAGUAAUGUUAUUUUCUUCAAUAAUUUAUUCUUCUUGUUAAUAGAAGAACAAAUCUCAAAACCAGAAAUAAAAGUAGAUAAAUUUUAUUUCUACGAACAACUAAAAUUAAAAUUACAUUCUAAAUUAGAUGGAGACGCUUUAAAGAUUCUAAAGAGAGAUAGUGUUACUAACAUCAAUGUGUGUAAACAAGAAGAAAAAUAUAAAUUAAAAAAUGAACAGAAAAAUAUAGAAACAUAUAAUAAUAAUAAUAAUAAUAAUAACAAUCUUGUCGAUUCUUCCAAUAAUCAUAUUUAUAAUAACAAUGAACAUAAUAAUAAUAUUUAUAUAUCUAAUGAUUUUUUUUUUAAUGAAGAUAUAAAUACAGAUAAGAAAAAAGAUUUAUAUAACUUAAAUCUUACGAAAGAUAGUAUAAAUCAUGAUACACUAAAAAAAACACAAAAACAAACAAAUCAAAAUGAUACAACUAUGAGCCUAUCCAAAGAUGAAAAAAAUAAUGAUACCAAUAAAUUUUUUAAUGAAAAUAUAUUUACAUUAAAUAAAUUCUUUAAAAAUUGUAGAAACCAAAUUAAAAUAAUAUUAAAAGAACGAAAUAUUAAUGAAAUUAUAAAUAUGUUCAAAAAAAAAAAAUUAUUUCAAUGGUUAAUUAAAUAUGCAAAUUUAAAUAAAAAUUAUCAAACAAUUAAUAUAAAUUUUAUACAUAAAAUAUAUGCAGAUUUUUUAUUUGAAAAAGAACAAUAUGAAAAUGCUAUAUAUGAAUAUAUUGAAACAAUUAAUUAUUUAGAAACCUCUUAUGUUAUACAUAAAUAUUUAAAUCUAGAUUUAUAUGAAUAUUUAACCAUAUAUUUAGAAAAAUUACAUGUAUAUCAUCAUUUUAACGAUGAACAUACUAUGAUGUUAUUAUCAUGUUAUAAAAAACAAUGUAAAAAAAAAAAAAUGAUAUCCUUCAUUAAAAAAAACAAAGACAAAAUUAAUUUAAAUAAAACAUACAAAUUUUUAUUAAAUGCGGGUUAUUACAAUAUAGUGUUAAAUUUAUCAAAAAAAUAUAAAGAUCAUUUCACAUAUGUUUCUAUAUUAAUUGAAAAAUAUGAAAAUUAUGAGAAAAGCUUAAAAUAUAUUUUUAAGUUAGAUGUAGAAAAUAUUUGUAUCUUAUUAUUUAAAUAUGGUUAUAAAUUCAUUAAAUAUUACCCACAACUAACCAUUUACUUAUUAAAAAAAAUUAUAAAAAAAUAUAAUAUAAAUUUAACAAUUUUUAUUCCGUUAUUUUUAGAUAAUAUCGAUUUUCUUUUUAUGUUUAUUGUUAAAUUUCUUGAUAAAAAUGUAAAUAUAAAUAAAAUAAAUCAUAUACAAGAAAAACAAAAAGACAAAUAUUCAAUUAAUUAUCAUAGUAAUGAUGAAUCCAAUAGUGUGACCAAAGAGAAAAAUGAUAUAAAUUCAUUCGGUGUAUAUGAAAAGGAUAAUAAUCGUAGUAACAGUCAAAGUCAUAAUGAUAAUUAUGAUAAUAAUUCAUCAGAUUUAAAUAAUUCACAAGUAUCAACAACACCUGUUAAUCUAAUAAAUAGAACAAAUUUACAAUUGGAUAUAUUUAAUGGAGAAUAUGAUUAUAUAUUAUUUGUAACUGUAAUACAAAUUUUAUUACAGAAAUAUAAAAAAUCACUGGAAGAAGAGAAUCAACCAAACAAACAAAUAAAUAAACAAAAUGUAAAAAAUACAACAAAAAAUAAAAAAAUAAAUCAAGAUGAAACUAAUCAACAAAACAAUAUUUUAACAUUUAACAUAGAUAAAUUAAUACAAAAUAGUAAAGAUAAAAAUAUUAACUUCUUAUCUGUUUUAUUAUUAUCCAUAUAUAAUUAUAAUAAAGGUUUGAUAUAUACAUCAACACAAAUGAAUAAAUAUGAUAUAUCACUUUUGUUCUCAAUUCACAAAUUGAUAAAUAAUACAAAAGUUAAAAUAAAAAAUAUAUAUAAUCCUGAACAUAUGGUAUAUGAACAAUUAAGUACAUAUAAAACAAAGGAACAAACAAAUCAAAUAAACAAUAGUUAUAAAAUAUUAAAUAGAAAUUUCCAAAAAGUUUUAUAUAACAUAUGUAUUAAUCAUUUAAAGUUAAACGGCUCCUUAUCAUAUAAUUAUAUUUUUUAUUAUCUUUCUAUGUUAAAUGAUGAAAAGUAUUUAAUUAAAUUCAUAAAAAAAAUAAGACAAAAUAUGAAUUUAAGUAUAUUCAACUUAAUACAAAUUUUAAAAAAAUAUAACAAAAGUUAUAGCUGUAUACAAAAUAUGGUAGUAGCAUAUAUGAACGAUAUGAAUAAAAAUAUAAAUGACAAAUGUAUAGAAAUAGAAAAGGAUAAAAAAGAAUUGAAAAAAAUAAAGAAAAAACAAUUAAAAAAAAAAUAUAAUUUUUAUUUAAUAGAUAAUGCUUAUUGUUCUAUAUGUAAAGAAAUAUUAUCAGUCCCAAUCGUCCAUUUCUUAUGUAAACAUUCAUAUCAUACUUAUUGUUUAAAAGAUAAUAAUGUCUGUAUAUUAUGUCAUAAUAAGGAUAAAGAAAAAAAAUUAUUAAAAGAAAAGGCAAUCAAUUCAGUUCAAAAUUUUGACGAAUUCUUUAAAUACUUACAAGGAUCAACGGAUAAAUUCUCUUAUAUAUCUAAUUACCUUUCUUAUGGAAUUACACCAAAAUGA